GCUUGCUUCUGAACGUAUGCUACGUACCCAUGCCAUGCCAAGGUUUGCGAUUAGCACGUGUAUUUGAUAUAGCAUCUUCGAGCUUUGAGACUCAUGUGUUUGUGGGUUUGCCUCACGAUCCCGCUGGCGCAGAUGGUCAUUUGAAUAACUUUUAAAAUUGAGCAGUUAUUUCCGCUAUGUCGUCAACAAUUAGUUUAUUGUGGAGAAUCGAAGUUUCGUCCUGCAGACUGCCUCGGCUGUUGCAUUUACGACAAAUCCCCUUGCAGAAGACCAGCCGGUUGCUUCCCUAUUUGCAAUGGCACAAGGCAUACAUCAAGUACUCUACUUUGCAAUGUGGUGUUACAUCAGCAAAACCAUCGUUCCUCACCUCUACAUGUACUUUCUCUUCAAACUACUGCACGAAGUCGGACUCGAAAGCAGAUCUUAAAAAAGAUGUUGCAAGUCCAUUGGAAGCCAGUGCUGAGCCAAAAAAGGAUGAAGUUGUGGAAGAAAAAUUAAAUAUAUUUCAGCGGUACAAGAAAAUGUUCAAAGAAUAUUGGUAUGUCAUGUUGCCUGUGCACAUUGCAACGUCGAUCGUCUGGUUUGGCUCGUUCUUCUACUUAGCAACAUGUGGUGUCGAUGUUGUUCAAAUCUUGGAAUACCUGGGGCUGCCCGAGUCUAUCAUCAGUCCUUUGCGGAAGUCUGGACUGAACUACAUUGCUACAGCUUCAGCCUUGUACAAGUUGGCCACUCCAGCUCGUUACACAGUUACACUUGGAGGGACAUCAAUAGCCAUCCGGUUACUUGUCAAACGGGGUCUCAUAAAACCUAUGCCAACAAGAGGCGAGCUGAGACAGAUGCUGCGAGACAAGAUGAAGCCCCAGUGAUUGGUGUAGUCCUUUACAACAUACUGCGUAGAUUGUAAAUAAAGUCGAAAUUCAUCACGACUAACAAUAACUGAGGUUGUCUUCUUCAGUUAAUAUGAACCAGAAGGAAUAAACUAUUGGUACGUUGUGACAUAUGGCUUUGAAGGGGCACUAAAGAGCAGCACUAAAGGUUCAUUUAGUCUGGUGAAGUGUUUUUUUUUUUCGGUAUUCAACUUGCAUUUAUUCAGCGGUGAAAAGUUGGUUAUUAGUGGAUAAAAUGCUAGGCUAAGUUUCCCACUUUGGAUUUCAUGCCAGAACUGAGAUGCCAUUAUCAUGGUAUGAUGUCACAAAUUGCGAAAUAUUUCUGCGUUUAGGACAUUUUUGUCCAGAAAAAAAAAGUUUUCAAAAUGCACUUCAUUGUAUCUUUGGUUCCUUUAGAACACAGUACAGUCCUUGUUUAUUAAAAAACUUUUAACCAGUCUUGAGUUGACACAGUCCAAAUGCAACCUCUAAUCAUGAAAUUCACUGUGCUUGAAUUUUUCGGGAAACUGACAUCUGCAAUAAAAGCGCUUGAUGCAAUUUAUGUGCUGUAACCAUCACUAUUCAGUGAUGCCUAGUGUUAAGUAAGCAAACAAAACAACACAUUACUUGGUUUAUUCUUGAUGUUGGCACAAAAGAGCUAUGCAUGUGUUUGUAAAAGUAGGAGCACUGUCAGGCACAUUUCCUUGUUUAUAUAUGUGGUGUACAUAAAUGGAAGAACAUAACAUCCUAAAGCGUGUUGCUGUCAACACCCAAACUGCAUGAGGUCAAGUAUACUCUAUGCUCCUGUACAGAAACUCUCCCUAAGACAUGUAUGCUCAAGUUGCUUGAGGCCUCAUAUGUGGUUGUAUUUGUUCAGCAGCUGCACAAAUUGAACAUGUUUUUAUUUGCUGUUGCUUGGUAAUGCCUCAGCUGCCAUGAACUUGUGCAUGCUCAAAGCAUAAAAAAUCUGGUUGUCGUGGCACUGCCCCCUGAACUGCGCCUUGGGGUAGCCAUUCAUACACAUAUAUCUGUUUGCCCGAUAUGAUUGUGUAUCUGUAUAUUGUUCAGGAAAAAUGUGACAGAAACCAUAGAAGUGCCAAAGUCAGUGAUAGCCUUCUUGUGUAACUUGCUACAUAUCCCCAUGCCAUCUCUAAAUCGCAAAACUUUAUGGGCACAUCAGCAGACACACAAAGUGGCAGUCUCGCUUCCAACAACAAUGCCAAAUGAGUCAACGAUGCAGUAUAUCUUGUAAUCACAGCACCCCAGUUGAAACUGUAGCAACAACCAGUAUCCCUAGUAUCGUGGCUGCAACUUCGUCGCAAGGCCUCUCCUUCAAGCAGCUCUACUCGAUGCAGAGUUGUCUGUUGCAGCUGUGGCACUCGCAGUGGGUGCGCACCCUCCUUGCCACCUUCUCCCCUUGUGCUUGACGUCACCCACACAUGUACCAACCAAUCAGGUGUCUUGCUCUUCUCCGCGCCUGCGAAUUCUCUCUCUGCUGUAUACUGUCCUCCCGGUUUCUAUUGUAUGAGGUUCGCUGAUGUCCAUCUCAAGUAGGCAGCGUAGCUAUUUAAGGCUACAUACUCCUUGUGUCACCUUGGCACAUUCAUUCUUGGGGAUUGGCCAAAAAGUGGCACACAGCAAAUCACAUACGCAGUGCGGAAGUUGUUUGUUUGGGUGCAUAUCCAGUGGCACAUACCAGUGACCCUAGAGCUCUACUAGGCCAGGCAGCAGCCAGCAACAGGUUGGUUAUUCUAGCAAAUGCCCAGUGGUCCAUAUUGUCUGCGCGGCAAGAAGGCAGCCACCACAUACCUAGCGGCCCAAGUUGACUCUCCUCCCGGUUUUAUAGUGCAAGAUCAGCCGUUGUCCAUCCAAAGUGAAUGAAAUGGCUAAAGAAAGCUAUCGCUUUAAACGGCUGUGGCAUUGCAAUACUAUAUGUUCGUUCUAAAUAGCCAUGUUGACUUUUUUCCUGUUUUCAUGUCAUCAAUGCAAGUUAUGAAUGUGCUCUUCAUAUUGUAGUAUUGUGUUUGUGCCUUUGUACUGUGAAUCAUUUUUGCUUCUACUUGAGAGUGCUUUUGUGGGAGAUGUUAAUAUGCAAGCCUCGUUUAACAAUCCAGCUUAAUUUAUCCUUUAUGAAUUAUUUCAGGAGUAUGGUUGCACUAAUAUAAUUAAUUUGCUGCAAGAGUUACUUCAAAUGUUAAACUGUUUUAGGUCUCUGCAUUACUAUUAAAUGGCACAGGAAUAUUAAGUCAAGUCAGAUCUUGCCAUGAUAUGUCAAAGGAUCAUUUACCAAUAUAUUAUGUCCUACCUUGCA